AUGGAUACGUUGGCUCAGGGUCGAUGGGAGAGUCAGCAGGAUAUCUUCAUGCCCUCUCAGUUUCACCGCACCCUCCCACGCCCAGCUUCAUCCCCAUCCACAUACUCCACCUCCCUCUCUUCAUCCUCUACUUCCUUCAUCAGUCCCCCUCCACAAAACCAGGAACCAGAACAAGUUAAGGCGCUGGUUCCACAGAUGCCCAAACUGCUCAAGUCUCUGUUUCCAGCUCGAGAUGACAAGAAGGAGCUUCGACCUUCUCCACACAGCCAGCAGCAAGUGCCUCGCAUCAUGACAUCAUCAGUGGGGGACGAUAACAAAGCCAAGUCUGAGACG